CUCAGAGGGGAGUGGACGCUGCUCGCGAGGAUGGUGCUGGAGAGCGUGGCCCGUAUCGUGAAGGUGCAGCUCCCCGCCUAUCUAAAGCGGCUCCCUGUCCCCGAGAGCAUUACCGGGUUCGCCCGUCUCACAGUUUCAGAAUGGCUUCGGUUAUUGCCUUUCCUUGGUGUACUUGCACUACUUGGCUACCUUGCAGUUCGUCCAUUCCUCCCGAAGAAGAAACAACAGAAGGAUAGCUUGAUUAAUCUUAAAAUACAAAAGGAAAAUCCCAAAGUGGUGAAUGAAAUAAACAUUGAAGAUUUGUGUCUCACUAAAGCAGCUUAUUGUAGGUGUUGGCGUUCUAAGACGUUUCCUGCCUGUGAUGGUUCACAUAAUAAACACAAUGAGUUAACAGGAGAUAAUGUGGGUCCACUAAUACUGAAGAAGAAAGAAGUAUAAUAGUAAUGAAUUAGGAUUGAGUUCAGUUGUGUUCUGUAAAAUCUCCUAAUAAUACUUUUUCAUUCUUUGUGUAUAGAAGAUCUUUCAAAUGGUGGUCUUAAUUAUUGCUAUUGGUUGAGUAAUUAUUUCUACCAAUUUAUUUUCUUGCUACACUACUGUUUAUAUUUGAUACUUUGUAUAUUCAAACAAUCAUUUAUAUAGAAAUUAAAUUGUACAACCCUUUCAUUCUUACUUCAAAGACUUAAUGUUAUUGUCCUAAAUAAAUCAACACUCUUGGUUUUAAUUGAGAAAAAUCUAAGUUUUUGGCAGUGUGUCCAAAGCUAUUCCUUUGAAUAUCAAUAUUUUCAAUAGAAUCUACACUUAGAAAUUUUCUCUGUGCACUAUUAAAUAUAUUGUUUUCCAGUCCUCUUCUGUGAUUUUUCCUCUUUGGCCUUCCACACUCUGUUCUUUUUAGAUCAGUAAGAAACAUGUUGCUCUCAAGAAUUACUUGAGUUUUCAAAGAGAGAAAUGCUUUGCUUUUAUAAAGAUUGUGUCUAAUAAGUGUGAAUAUCCCAGUUUCAGAAAAGACUUGAACUGGAUAAAGAAAGUUCCAAAAAGGAACAGUUAUUUACAUUAUAAAAAAUGUGUUUACUUUACAAAA